UUUUUACAACAACUGAAAAUCCAAAACCAACAAUAAGAAAGAAUUUGUUUUGAGUUGGGCUGUUCUUCCCUCCAUAUUCAUGCUUCUUUGUUACUUUCUCUCUCCUCUUUUGCAUCAUAAAUUGUGGUUCUUCGCAAUUCCCUCAAAACAACUCACUAUCCAUCUGGAAAAAUAAAGGAAAAUUCAAUCGAAAAACAAUAUUACUUGUAAAAUAUUCAUCUUGUUUAAUUUUUCUCUUUCUCUAAAAACUUUCUUAAUUUUUCCUUAAAAAAAAACUUUCUUAAUUACUUCCAAUUUGUAUACUAUUAAUUAGUUAAUUAAUUGAAACAUUUCUCCUUAAAUUUUUUUAGUUCUUGGGAAGCUCCGGUGAGGGCCCACCUAGACCAGAAACUCUUCAUAUAUAUAUUUUUUUUUGGGUAUUUUUGUCUUUCAAAUUUAUUUAUUUAUUUUUUUUGUUGGAUUUCUGGUCUGGGUUUUUAUAAUCUUUGAAUAAUUCAAGUUUAUUUAUUUAUUUCUCCUUAAACCAAAUCUUAUAGAGUACAGUUUCAACAUUUUGAUAAUUUCUUUUGAUCAUUGCAUUGUUUUCUAACUAAUAAUAAUUAUUUUUGAUCAUUUCAUUGGUUCUUUUCUAUCGUUAUUUGUUAUCCUGGGGAUACAUUGCCAUUGACUUUAAUAUCUUGAAUCAGAUAUUUAGGGUGCAUUGCCAAAUUGGCAAUUGAAAUUACUGGGUUAUUUAGAGAUAAAACAAGUGGGUUUGUUUUCCGAGUUUUGAGGUUGUUGAUUGAGUUGUUCUGUUGUUGUUUGAAGAAGGCAAUUGACAAAGCUGAUAAAAUUAGAGGGUUAAAAUUGGUGUUUUAAUGCCAAGACAUGACAAAAAGGUGUUGUGCGCGUAGAACAUUGGUAUAGAAGGUGUUUGUAGAUUGUGAUAAUGGGGUGUAUUUGUUCAAAGGAAUCAUCUGGUAAUAAUGAUGAAAGAGGAGGGGUGAAUAAGUCCCAGGUACAUUUGCUUCCUUCAACAAAGAGGGAGGAGGUAAAUGAAGGGUCAACGAAUGUUUCAGGUUCCCUUAGUGGGGGUAGCCGGGCACCUUCAAAGGUGAAUUCAGGAACUCAUUCAGGAACUCAUUCAGGAACUCAUUCAGGUACUCAUUCAGGAACUCAUUCAGGAACUCAUUCAGGAACUCAUUCAGGUACUCAUUCAGGAACUCAUUCAGGUACUCAUUCAGGAACUCAUUCAGGUACUCAUUCAGGAACUCAUUCAGGUACUCAUUCAGGAACUCAUUCAGGUACUCAUUCAGGAACUCAUUCAGGAACUCAUUCAGGUACUCAUUCAGGAACUCAUUCAGGAACUCAUUCAGGUACUCAUUCAGGUACUCAUUCAGGUACUCCUUCGAAUGGCUAUUCAGGUUCUCUUUCGAAUAAACAAGUGGAUGAUCAAGCCAAGACAAUCAUUGUUGAAAGACCAUCAUGUAGAGGGUCUCAUCAUCAAAGAAGGGCAACCGUGGAUUUGGGUGUUAAUGGAGGUCCAAAGCCAAUGAGUAGUAUACCCCGAAGCGUUCAUGGGGAGCAGCAGGGCUGGCCAUCUUGGUUGAGCUCUGUUGCUGGAGAAGCUAUACAAGGAUGGCUGCCUCGAAGGGCAGAUUCAUUUGAGAAGUUGGACAAAAUUGGACAAGGAACUUACAGCAGCGUGUACAAGGCUCGUGACCUUGAAACAGGGAAAAUAGUUGCUAUGAAGAAAGUGAGAUUUGUCAACAUGGAUCCAGAAAGUGUGCGCUUCAUGGCUAGGGAAAUACUUAUCUUGCGUAAACUAGACCAUCCAAACAUCAUGAAGCUUGAGGGUCUAGUAACAUCAAGGAUGUCCGGAAGCUUGUACCUUGUGUUUGAGUACAUGGAGCAUGAUUUAGCUGGUCUUUCAGCAAGGCCUGCCAAUAAAUUCACAGAACCACAGAUCAAAUGCUUCAUGCAACAGCUUCUCUCUGGCUUAGUGCAUUGUCAUAGUCGUGGAGUCCUUCACAGAGACAUCAAAGGUUCUAACCUUCUCAUCAACAACAACGGUGUGCUCAAAAUUGGAGAUUUUGGUCUGGCAACUUGCUUCAAGCCUGCCCAGAAGCAGCCAUUAACAAGUCGCGUUGUAACUUUAUGGUAUAGGGCACCUGAACUGUUGCUCGGUUCAACUAACUAUGGCGUUGCUGUUGAUAUGUGGAGUGUUGGUUGCAUAAUUGCAGAACUAUUUGCUGGCAAGCCAAUCAUGCCUGGAAGAACAGAGGUGGAACAAAUGCACAAGAUUUUCAAGCUUUGUGGUUCGCCUUCUGAAUCAUAUUGGAAGAAAACAAAGUUCCCACAUGCAACUAGUUUCAAACCCUCACAACCCUAUAGGCGUCGUCUGUUGGAGACAUUUAAAGACUUUCCCCCUUCUGCUUUAGAGCUUGUUGAUGCCCUUCUUUCUAUUGAACCAGAGAAAAGAGGUGCUGCUUCAACUGCAUUAAAGAGCGAGUUUUUCACAACACACCCACUUCCUUGUGAUCCAUUGUGCUUGCCGAAAUGUCCUCCUACAAAGGAAUUCGAUAUAAAAGUUCGUGAUGAGGAAGCCAGAAGGCGAAAGGCAGAGCCUGGAAAAGGACGAGGGCAUGAAUCUGUUAGGAGAGGUCCAAGAGAGUCCAAGGCAACCCAUGAGUAUAAUGCGGAACAAAAAGGUUUGAGAAAUUACAACGGUGAAGGAAAAGAAGGGACAUCCUUUUCAGUUGAUGCAGACAGGAGAAACACAGCAAAUGGUCUGUCUCAUUGUAGUACAAUGGUUCACCCAGGAUCGAAAUGGAAUAGGAAGUCAAAGGAUGAAAAUGAUGCAGAACAGGGUUCUGGAAGGACUUACAGCUCUUCGAAAGAUUCAAAGUCUCUCGUGACUUCGGGAGAAGCAGAGUUGCCACACUUGUCGUAUACAAGGGAUGACUGGUCUUCUGGCAAAGACCAUGGUUACGUGCCAAAGAAAAACAGGAUUCACUACUCUGGACCUCUGGUUCCUCCCGGAGGAAACCUUGAAGAUAUGUUGAAAGAGCAUGAGAGGCAAAUCCAGCAAGCUGUUAGAAAAUCACGCACAGAGAAAGCCAGAACCAAAACUAUCAACCAUGAUGUUGCUUCACUUGUCAUUUUCUAAUAUCAACACAGCAUAGGAGAAUUGAGAAUUGAGAAUUGAGAAUUGAGAAUUCACACACACUAUUUUGCCUUAUCUUUUUGGAUUUUGGACAUUUAUUUCUCAAGGAAAAUACUCACAGAUGAUGGCUGGUAGCUCCAUAACCCUAUACAUGUAUGUCCAUAUUAUACCUGAAUAUUUCAACUUAAUUGUUUCUAAUCUUUGCAAA